CUUGGUGCACAGUUAGACCCUGAUAUGUCCUGGACCAGUUCUCUCAAUACACCUGUCAUGUCGCCCACCAUCAUUUUGACUAAAAGUGAGGAGCAUAGGACUAUGUGCCCAGUAAGAAUUGCUACCGAAGAGCAGGUUAUGUUUGUGCGAAAGCUUUUCCCCUCGGCCAUGGAGUCUGGAAGCACAAUGCUGUCACCAGAACAGAAUGAUAGACCUCUCUGUCAACACAAUGGACCGGAUUCCCACUUGCCUGGUGUGAUUGACAUCUCCCCUGGCUUUCAAGACACGCUACCUGGUGACAGUGGCAGCCAUUGGAAACAGACUUUACCAGACGCUAUUGAGGACGGAGAAAUCCGCAGCACUGUGGCCGGUGUCCUAGAUGGAGCUGAGGAUGUCCUCUCCAUAUUCUUCAGCAACAGAAGUUUGGCUUUACAAAGGGUGAAGACCAAAGAGAGAAUCAAAAGGAAGCAAAGUGGCGCAACUAAGGAACACGUACCUACUUCUACAAUAGAACAUGACAAAGUAUCCAGUGAGAGAGCAGGAGAAUACCAACACACUAGGGAAACCUCUGAGCCUCUUGAGUCCAGGACUGACAUGAAGUCUGGGGAUUUGGCGACUUCUCAGUGGACUCCAAUAAAUGUACCUGACAUUUCAGGCUAUGAUAUGGAUUCAUUUCACCAUGAGGGGUCUUCCUCUACUAAACACAUAAUUCCACAAGAUGGCAUAAGUGAAACAUUCCGUGACUACACUGGGAGCCAGCAGCCGGAUCGCGGUUUCUCUAAGCAGACUGUCCAGGUGGAGUCUGCCCUUUCCAGAAGAACAUUACCAUACACCAGCCAGCCAGAGGGAUCUCAAUUGACAGGGUCUGUAGUCGAAAGCUCUCUGGAACACACCUUUCCCAGGAAAACAAGGACAUUUGUUUACUGUGUCAAAAAUCCACUUCUGUCAGUGCAAGAAAAAAAUGUUACUCAGAUGUUACCUGCAUCACCUGGAACUGCUCCCAGAGGUGAAAAUCAGAACAUAAAACAAAGUGAAACCAUACCAAAUGAAGCGGAGUUUAAUCAUCUUAACAAAACUGCCUUGGAUGGGAAAAAGCCGCUAGUUGAGCAGAAAAGUGCAACUGAAGAAAAUAUUGUUUCACAAGCACCGACCAAAGACCCUGAUCUUGAUAUGUCACAGCUUUGCAGGGUAUUUGCGCAAGAUUUUAGCCAAGUAGUUGACUACAGUCAACCAUGCAGCAAAAGAGCAGAUGCUAUUAAAAAUGGCUUCUCUGCGUCAGCUUGUCUCUUAGCAAUGAGACUAAGGAACAGAAAACAGUUGAAUAAACUAGAAUGGGGCCAGAAACCUGAACAUCUUAACUCUGGCAUCAGUGAUGAAAUGCAUAUUUCUGGUGCUCAGUUUAGCAACUCUGCAAACACCUCUAGAAUGAAUAGUACAGUGUGUGAUAGCGGCUUCCCCCCCUCCACCCUUUCUGAUGUCACACAAACAGAAUCAUCCCAUGUUCACCCUAGCUCUGAAAAAAGUUAUGGAAAUCAGUCAUCUAGAGGGUUUGAAACGGGUAACAACUGGAUUAUCUCUUUGCCUCCAGAAGCAAUAAAGAAAGCAAAAGCAUCAUUGGAUGACUUAACUGAGGAAAAUAUGACUGAUGUUGUUACUGCUGCCAGUGAAGUGAAAGCUGUGUUGUCAUGUGUGACAGGAAGCCAACUGUCCACAGAAGUGAAGUUCAUUAGUCCACUCAACAUUGCCAAAAGGUCAAAGCAAACCAGCGUAAAAUUGAAUGGUCAAGUUCAUGUUCAGACCCCUCGGAGCGUCAAUGUUUCGGUUUCCUCACACCCUGGGUCUGGUUUCAAAAUGGCCUCCAAUAAGAAGAUACAUUUUUUUUCAGCAAAUCUGGAGAAAGACAAGGAUCUGUUUAAGGAGAUUGAGGAUGAAAUGCCUGCAGUCAAUAUUCCUGAGAUAAGCCUUCCUGAGGAAGGUAACAUGUCAUGUGGAUUGGAGCUUGUUGAUGGAUCUCAUUUACCACCUCUACUCUAUACACACCAGAGGUCUGUUGAUAGCCAAGGUCCGUUGACAGCCUCACAGAGAGCUGAUGUUUCAGAAUUGUGCAGUCUCUUAGAAGCUGCAGACAGCCAAUUUGAGUUCACACAGUUUAAACCAGCAAAGCUGAACUUCUAUGUACCAGAUGGUAGCACCCCUCGUCAAUCUGAGAAAGAAUUGGGUCCCGACUUUCUCACUGGCAUAGAUUUCGAUGACAGUUUCAACUCUGAUGUUGAGAAGCAAUCUGUGAAGAUGGCCACCCCUGACAAAAAUACAACUAUUUCUCAUUGCAAGGAAAUUUGCCAAGUAACAACCACCAAAAUUAAAUCUAGUGGGGGAUCAUCCAGCAAUUCAACAGAGAAACCCAAAGAACAUGUUAUCCACAGAAGAGUACUUUACAUUCCCAGUUAUAGCUCUGAAAACAUAGCUGAGCGUUCCUUUGGUUUGUUGACAAAAACCACAAACAAGAACCAUCUACUCGAUAUGGAUACGAACACCAGUGGAAUGGAGUGUGAAAGCAAAAAUCUCCCCAAGUUGGGUGUGGGUUUUAAAACUGCUGGCGGAAAUGCUAUGAUAGUUUCAGAGAAGUGUCUGAGCAAAGCAAGGGCCUUGUUUGCAGAUUUUGAGGAAAAAAACUGUGCACCCAAGUGUGCAGUAAAAAAUCCGGAACAAGUUGAAACGUCACCUGUUCAAUAUAGAGGCGAAGUUGAUAGAAAUGUUGAUUCAAAUGUGACACAUUUUCAUGGCCCUGAAAAGAAAGUAGAUCUGAAGGAACCACGUGAUGAAUACAUUGACAAGAUUAAAGUGGACUUUACACAUUCUCACAAACAUGGGGAUGGUGGAUUCCAGACAGCCAGUGGUAAAGGAGUGACCAUCUCGGCAAAGGCCCUUCAAAAAGCAAAUGCAGUCUUCAAAGACUGUGACGCUAUGGAAGGUUCAGGUUGUGCAUCAGAAAAGCUGAGCAAAACAAGUGUUGUAUCAGAGACUGGCAGUAAUAAUUUUGAGAGAAACAAUUGUGGCUUCAGCACUGCUCGAGGGAAGAGAGUUGAUGUUUCUGCAAAAUCUCUACUGAAGGCAAGGACUCUCCUGAAUGACUGUGAUGAAUUGGAAAAUUCUAAGCCAGGGAAAAUCCCCAGCUUGAAUGCAAAGAUACCAAGUCAGAAUAUUCAGCAGAAAAGUGACUGUGAUUUUAAGAAACCCAGUAGUAAAGCAGCCUCCAUAUCAGCAAAGAUCCCUUUUACAGCAAAAACUCCAUUUGAUGGUGGCACGUCACAUGAUGUUCUAGGGGCAAAGAGCAAAAUGCUCGAACCAGAAAAUUCUCAUACCCAUGCCAAAGAUCCUUUGAAAAAUGGAUAUGGGUUCAGCACUGCCAGUGGUAAGAGCGUGUCUGUGUCCGAAGGGGCGCUGUUGAAAGCACAGGCUCUUUUGAGUGAAUGUAAUGUAGAUGGAGAGGAACUUUCUAAAUCAAAGAAAAAGAUCAGAGUAGAUCUUCAUACUAUUCAGAAUCCAACACAAAAGCACAGUGGAUUUAAGACUGCAAGUGUCAAAGAAGUUACCGUAUCACCUAAGGCUCAUAAGCAAGCAAAGGCUGUUUUCAACAACUGCGAUUCCAAUAUGGACAGCUUAAUCAGUGCUGAAGCAAAGCAAGGGAAUAUAGACGUAAAGUCGGCGGAUGGUCUGAUGAACAAUCCAGGGAAAAGCUAUUGUGCCUUCAUGACAGCUGGUGGAAAGAAUGUGCAUGUAUCUGAAAAGGGUAUUUUGAAGGCCAGGAGCAUUCUGAAUGAAAACCUUGAUAACUGCACAGACUCAAAUGCCAUUGAGGAGGCUUGGUUUUCAGAUGGUAGAUUUUCGUUACUCACUGAAGAUGGUACAGGUGUCAAAAAAGGAGCAGGGAACAAAUCAAAUUCUUCUGACCUCAACGGUGAUGAAAAGAGCUGUGAUUUCAGCACUGCCGGUGGCAGGACUGUGCAUAUGUCCGAUGGAGCACUCCAGAAAGCAAAGUCUAUUCUGAACGAAUGUGAUGUAAUUGAAAAUCCACAACCUGAGAAUGGCCACAAAGUGCAUCUGGAAAAGAUUCCAAAAAAGGAAACGCAUGAAAUCUCUCAUGGUAGCACAGCCAGUGGGAAAGGGGUGUUUAUUUCAGAGAAGGCACUUCAAGAAGCGUGUGAUGAUACCCUUGCCAGUGAUACUGACCCUCACAGAAGAUCUGAAGCAAAUAGGCCACUGAAGGUCCCUACUCCCCCCCAUAUUAAUGUUCAGCGUGUGCCGGUCAAAGCAGUCCGACUGGAGGACCGCGAAGUGAUCCAGACCAUUGUUGGAAUGGCAUGUCAGUCUUCAUCUGUGGAAUGUCAAGCGGAGUCUUCCUUGUUACAUUUUGAAUCCCUUGGAUUCAGUGGCUGCUCUGUGACCCAGAGGAGGUACUUUGCCCAGGAGGCCAUGGAUUGUACCAAGGCUCUUUUAGAGGACGAAGACUUGACCGAUCAUUGUCCUGGAACACCAAUCCAAGCUAACCCCAUGUCCUGCAAGGGGGGUUUUGAGAUGAGAAGUGGAAUUAGGAAAAGGUCAGCAGAGGAUUUAGGGAUGACAGACCAGCCUCCUCUGAAAAGAAGACUCUUGACCAAAUUCGACAGAACUGUGGAUUGUAGUAGACGGUCUCAACUCACUCCAGCUAAAAGCAGUUCAGAUGGUAUAUUUAAAGACAGGAGAGUCUUCAAAUAUAAUGUGGCUCUUCAACCUAAUGUCACCAGGCCAUAUCGCGCUAAUCAGAGAUGUGUAGACACAAGGCUGAAUAAGACCGAGCCACAGAAGACAACGUCAGAUCCAACCGCCGAAGACCGUAAACCAGUUAGCUCCAAGACAGCUGUAUUUGUCCCCCCAUUCCGGAAGAAUGUCAAGCUUGAGCCACAGAGGAGCAGUGGUCUUCAGGACAAGACUAGAGCACCUGGUGUGUUUGUUUCCCCGUUUCGAAAAGACAACCGCGUAACCAGGGAGGGUUCCUUUAAACCUUCAGAAGAUAAUCAUUCUCCCUUCAUCUCUGAAAUGCCUUCCAAGACCACAUCUGUUCCACUUCCUGAGUACAACCCCAUCACUGACACUGGUAGUGAUAACGCAAAGGAGUCCAUUAAGGAACAGGACCCACAAAAUAUUGACAAAACGGAUCUAGGCGAUGAUGGUGGCCAUUGCCUUCCUGUCACCCUAGGAGGAGAGGAUGCCACUGCAGAGGAGUCUAUUGCAGAUGCAGAGUGCUUGCAGCUGGCCCGAGACAUGCAGGACAUGAGAAUCAAGAAGAAGAAGCGGCAGACCAUUAGACCUCUCCCUGGCAGCCUGUACCUGGCCAAGACAUCUGGGGUGGCCAGGCUGACCCUCAGGGAGGCUGUUGGAGGUCGGCACCCGGUACAACACACACACAAACAGCUGUAUGGCUACGGAGUGCACCGGCAUGUUUCGGAUAUCAGCAGUGAGAGUGCCGAGGCGUUCCGCUUUGUCUGCCGACACUUCUUCAGACGCGAGGCGUUUGUAGAGGGGUGCAUUCAGCUGGCCGACGGGGGUUGGCUCAUCCCUCGCAACGAUGGAACCGCAGGGAAACAUGAGUUCCACAGAGCGUUGUGUGAUAGCCCUGGCGUGGACCCCAAGCUGAUCAGUGAGGCCUGGGUGUUCAACAACUACCGCUGGGUGGUGUGGAAACGAGCCUGCAUGGAGAGGGCAUUCCCAGCGGUGAUGGGCAGCCUCUGUCUCACACCAGAACAGGUGCUCCUACAACUGAAAUACAGGUACGACUUGGAGGUGGACAACAGCAAGAGGUCAGCUCUAAGGAAGAUCAUGGAGAGAGACGACACGGCAGUCAAGACCAUGGUGCUUUGUGUAUGUGGUGUUGUCACCAAAGGCCAUAACUCAACAAGGCAGAGCUGGAGUGAGACCAAGACCAAAACACCACCCGGGAGUGCUGCAGGGUCUAAAGCCACGUCGUCCCCAGUAGGCUUGAUCUGGCUGACGGAUGGCUGGUACGCCAUCAAGGCCCAGCUGGACGUCCCACUGACCGCCAUGCUCCACCGGGGCCGCCUGGCGAUUGGGGGGAAGGUGAUGGUCCACGGGGCUGAGCUGGUGGGAUCUCAGGAUGCCUGCUCCCCACUAGAGGCUCCCGACUCCCUCAUGCUGAAGAUUGGGGCCAACGGCACCAGAGCGGCGCGUUGGUACACCAGGCUAGGGUUCUACAGCAACCCUAGUCCGUUCCUCCUCCCCCUCUCCUCCCUCUACAGCAACGGAGGCCCCGUGGGCUGUGUGGACAUUGUGGUGCUGAGGAGCUACCCUACCCAGUGGAUGGAGAAGAAGUCGGACGGAGGGUUUGUGUUCCGCGCAGGCCGUGCAGAGGAGAGGGAGGCGCGGCGUCACGGAGACGCCAAACACAAAGCCAUGGAGAUCCUGUUCGCCAAGAUCCAGGCCCAGUUUGAGAAGGAGGACGUUUGCGGUAAACCCAGAGGCCGGAGACGGACCCUGCGUGGUCGAGACAUUGAGACACUGCUGGACGGGGAGGAGCUGUACGACGCGGUGGAGAAUGACCCAGUUUAUCUGGAGGGCCGUCUGAGUGAGCAGCAACGGGAGGCGUUGAACAGCUAUAGGCGUUGUGUCGGUGAGAGGAGGCAAGCGGCACUGCAGGGGAGGUUCCGCCAGGCUCUGGAAAGCACCCAGGAGGGCGAGGGCGGGAGCUGUCACAACCGAGACGUGACCCCCAUCUGGAAGCUCAGCGUCGCUGACUCCAGGGCCAAGCCGGGCAGCAAUGUGUACCUGUUGAAUAUCUGGCGCCCCUCCAUGGAUCUGCAGUCCUUGCUGAAGGAGGGCUGUCGAUACAAGGCCUACAAACUAUCCACGUCGGAGGGCAAGAAACAAGCCGGUAACACCUCCAUUCAGCUCACCGCCACCAAGAAAACCCAGUUCCAGAAUUUACAGGCUUCUGCAGGGUGGUUGUCUGAGCGUUUCCAAGCCCGAGAGGCGGUUGGCUUUCGCGUUCUCCUGAACCGGGACUUUAAGCCGCUCUGUGGAGAGGUGGAUCUGGUAGGCUACGUCAUCUCCAUCACAGACAUACAAGGUCACUCUCCAGUGGUGUAUCUAGUGGAUGGCUGGCUGGACUUUGUCAAGGUGCGCUGCUGCAGCAGUCUGGUCCAGCAGGGCUUGGAGGAGGUGGUCAAGCCUCUGGCUCUGGUGGCUCUCAGUAACCUUCAGCUCAGAGCCCAUCCCUCCUCCCCCACCCCUAUCCGCAGCGCCAUCCCUGGCCUAUACGCUGGAGAACUGGUCUCGUUUUCCACCAACCCCAAGGAGCCACAUCUACAGGAGGCUGCCACUCAACUCAGAACCCUUGUCCAGGGCCAGGAACACUUCUUCAGGACUGCAGAGGAGAGGUUAUCUAACUUAGUCCAGGGGUCUGUCCAGUGUCUUCCUCCGCCGCCAUGGACUCCAGAUGCCAAACCAGAUGCCAGGACUACUAUGACACCCCAGCAGUCAGUUCGAAGCGUUGGCCCCUUCACCCCCCUGAACAGGGUCGUCCCCCCUCCACCCGCCUGCUCCUCCGGGGGGGACAACAAAGACCCCAAGAGCCUGAAAAGAAAGAGGGGCCUGGAGUACCUGUGUCGUGUCCCCUCUCCCCCUCCACUCUGCCCCUUGGGCACCAUGACCUUACUCUCGCCGUCCGUCAACAAGACCUUCAACACCCCUCGCAGGACCGAGACCCACCGGAUCCUAAAGACACCUCUGGCCCCCGCUCCACAGCAUGUCCACCUGCCCCAAGAGGAUGAGUGGGUGGAGGAUGAAGAGCUGGUCAUGAUUGACACUCAGGCCCUACACGAUGGCAUAGGGAUAGACACGUGACAGAGAAUGUAUUGGAUUGUUAUUGGGAAUCCAUCUGGAAAGAUGUAGGUUAUUUUUUAAGCUGGGGGGGGGGGAUUUUAGAGAGGCUAACCAUGACAUGAUUGGUGCCAGGUGAAUGUUAACACUAGCGAAAUGUUGGAAAAUUAUCAUAUGGAGUUGUUUGUAACAUCAGGCUGAAUCAAGUUAGGAUUUGGUCCAUCUUGCCUUUUUGGGCAAAAAUAUUGAUGCCAACAAAAUGCAUCAGACAGAAAAGGGGUUGUCUUGGAGAACUCCUGAAAUAGUUUAGUGAAAUGGCAUUAGAAGAACUGUCACGAACUGUAUAAUAUAAAUGAAAAAAUACUAAAAUUUUUGUCCUUGUGUUUAUGACCUCUUGUCGCUCACAUCUGCAUGUUCACAAUAAAUGUUCUAAUGUAUUGGUAA